CGUCACGCCGAUCAGCUGUGUGCAGCGCCACACAACAACAACAAAAGAAAGGGAGCAGUCGGUCGGGGAGGAAAAACGGGACUGAAGGAAACAAGAAAAGAGGAAGAAAACCUCCCGAUGGACAGUCCUUAAAUUAACUGUUUCUUUUAUAUAUAUAUAUAUACUUUAUUUCUUCCGCGAAGAAACCUAAAAGUUUUUCUAUUUUUCGAAAAGUUAACGCGUCUACCUCAGUUCUACGGAUCCUUUAUUUAUUUUUGUACAUCUUCUCUGCAGCAGGGCUCGUUUUGUACUUUUGCACUCUCGACCAAUCGACGUUGAGCGAUGUCCAGAUGAUCCACGACCUUCGUUGAUGCACUUUAGCACCUUUUGGACCAGAGCCCAGAAACCCUGCAGCUGAUGACCAAAGCGAGCGCCGCCACGCCUCCCCGCCGUCGCCCAGAGCCACGCGCCUCCUUCUCCUCCUCCUCCUCCUCCUCCUCCUCCUCCCUCCCUCUGCCUCGUGCCCUCGCAGGACGUCCUGAGAUGUUCCAGAGGUUCGCCAGCGCUCUGUUCGGGGACGAAGAAGAAGAGCUGAGUCUACGCAACCGGAACGGAGACGGCAAAGAGGAAGAGGACGAUGAAGACUGGAUCCUGGUCAACUACCUGGCUGAAGCUUGCUCCGGAUCCACAGCCGGUCCUGAGGAAGAGGAAGAAGAGGAGGAGGAGGAGGAGGAGGAGGAGGACCUGGUGAUGAUCCCCUCCCCCAUGGCCAGCCCCCCGAUCCGCUACGCCUCCUGCACUUCCCUCAACUCCACGGCUGACGGCGGCGCGGAGGAGGAGGAAGAGGAGGAGGAAGAGGAGGGCGGGUUCCUCCGUCUGGACGCCUGCUCCCUGGAGGAGAGCUGGUUCGUCACGCCGCCACCGUGCUUCACGGGCCGCGGCGUCCAGCCCGUCCUCCUGGAGGCCAGCCCUCUGGAGAACCUGCUGAUCGAGCACCCCAGCAUGUCCGUGUACGCCCACCGCAGUCCCCCCAGGAGGACCCUGGACCCCCUGCCGCGCUCCCUGGACCUGGAUCUGGGCCGCUUGCCCGGAAGCGCGCACGGCGCCCUGACGCCCUCCAACAGGAAGGAGAAGGGGAGGCGCACGCUGGACGGCCCUCGACACAGGCCCGAGGCGCCGGCCGUCCCGCGGCGCUCCUCCCUCCACUCGGCGUGCUACGCCGCGGCGCUCUCCGGCCGCUCCGGCCUCCUGCAGCAGCGUGACGGCAACGCCGGCCAGCGCGGCCAAUCGCUGACCCGCAACGCGCUGCGGCGCCUGAACCUGCUGCGGCCGCCGAAGGGCAGCAGCGCCCAACUGCACCAGCCCAGCCAGAGGCACCUCAACUUCUGAGGAGCCUCCUGCUCCUCCUCCUCCUCCUCCUCCUCCUCCUCUUCCUCUUCCUCUUCCUCCUCCUCCUCCUCGUCUUCCUCUUCUUCCUCCUCCUCCUCCUCUCCCUCUUCCUCCUCCUCCUCCUCUUCAUCACACCUGCCACCUCUGAUUUUUUUUCUUAUCUACAACUCUACACCAGCAACGUGUCAUCACCAGUUUCCCCCCCGACCUGAAAUCUGAUUGGACGGUGAAUUAGGGAAAGUGACUUUGUGAUGUUUUUAUUUUUAUUUUUUUAAUUCUAUCAGCUCAUGUGGCCGGUGGGGUGAAAAGCUCCUCCUCCUCCUCCUCUUCAUCCAUCCAUCUUCAUCCUGAUGAAAAGAAAAAGGUCAUUGUGUGUCCCACAGCCUCCUCUUCAUCCUCCUCAUCCUCUCUUCUUCUUCUUUUUCCAUCUUCUUCUUCACGGACAACUUAAUGAGUAGAAUCAAUGCUGUAGGUCACUUUACUCGGCGGCAGGUUCAUUGAGCGUGGCGGGACGUGGCGAUGACGUCACGAUGACAUCAUGAUGACAUCACGAUGAUGUCACAAAGAUGAUGUCACGAUGACGUCACAGCCUCUGGUUUUUUUUGCGGGCUACUUCCCAGUUGCACAUUCAGGAGACAUUUCCCCAAACCGUCGACAUCACUUGAAAGCGAACGUUUGCAGCGGCGCGAUGUCGCCGUUUGGUUGCCGGUAGCGACGUCGUGCUCGUCGGCGGGGAAGUCGUGACGCAACCAGUCAGAACUUUUAAAAGGUCUUUUUUUUUAAUGUUGUUUUGUUCAUUUUUCUUUGUACCUACAAGAUGGCGAGUUCCUACGUUUCCCAGAAGGCCGCAGCAGAAACGGUCAAUUAAAGGGACGGCGUCGCAGUCGCUCGAAGACGGACUUUUUAAAAAGUUUUGAAAGACGUCGCUCUUCACCAGACUGUCAAGGUGCAUCAUGGGAAAUGUAGUAUCUAGUGUUUGGGGUGUUUUCUUUUAAACCCCACAGAUUGUGACUCAAAGACGGGAUAUCGCCCCUGGUGCUUCGAUGUCGGCCCGCCGGCUCCUCCGACUUUAUGGAAGUUCGUUGUCGUACAACUUUUUAAAUAUUAAACAUAGAAACCUUUACCUGCAGCAGCAGCAGCAGUUACCAGGAGUUUGUUUACUCAGCAUUAUUUUGGGACAUUUUGUCGCAUUCAGAGGUUUAAAGACGGCGUAACGAGGCCGUGGAUCGCCCGGCGCUCUUUUAGAAACCGAUUGCUGUGUUUCCUCAGUGUCGGAGCGUCUCGAUGGGAUUAUUCUGCCCCUUUAAGUUGGUAAAGUGUUUUUUUUUGUCCCGCGCCGCCGGCUGAACCUGAACCUGCCUCUGACUUCGCAAUUCAGUAAUUUUUCACGAUAUUUUUUUUUUUAAAGAAAAACAAAAUACUGGGUUGAAUAUCACUAAACGCCUUGUUUUAACGGUAGCUUUGACAUGAAUAGAAAUGUUAAAAAAAAAUAAAAAAAUAUGUAUUUAAAAACAAAAACAACAAAAAACUUCCAAAAUAUUUUUUUGAAAAGAAAAAAACAAAUUACAUAUCAGUAUGAAGUCGGUAUAUAUGCGUCUCUUUCUCGCGUAGGUAUGUUUGAUCAUGUUAGUGUGCGGUCUGUUGCAUGGUUGUUGAGUUGUGUUGGUGUGACGAUGGUGGAAAAACAACAGAAAAAGAAAAUGGAAAAUUAGUUUUUAUAAUUUUUUUUGUUCUCAAUGAAUCUGCAGUCUACUUCUCAGGGUCACAACCAAUCACCUUUACUCUCUAGGAAAAACUAAUGCAGAUGUAUACUUGAUGGCUGACGUAUGGUUUGUGCGUUUUGUUCAGCUCCGUCCCAGCGAGCUUUUCCCUCGUGAAAAAAAAAUUGUUUGUGAGAAAUAAAUUUUACUUUUUUGGUCCCAGGACUGAAAAUAAUUAAAUUCACUCUUUGACGCUUUUUCAGUCGACCGUUUUAAAUCCAUCGAGAUGGAGAGAAACUGUUUUUAAUUGACAUAAACAUUGUUUUUGAAAUGUACUUCAUGCUUUUUGAACUAUUCUAUUUUUUAACUUAGUUACAUUUUUGCUAAACUGUUAAAAAUAUUUAAACCAAAAAAAGUAGCAAUGAUCUUUUUAAUCUUUUCACUAGUUUUUAUUUUUUCCUAAUUUUUUAUUUUUUUUUUAAUAUUGUGUUGUUUUUGAUGUGUUUGUUACAAGUUCUUGGGCUCCGUGCUCUGAAAUAGUGGGAAAGUAGAGCCGGGGACCGAAUCACCACACUGCAUCAGAAUAAUAAUAUUAAUAAACAGAAUGUCAAAAUCAUUCAUGAUCUCAUAGUUGUGACUUUAAAAGCCGCUAAAUGUUAAAUAAUUAUGACUUCCUAUGAAUUGAUUUUUCAAUACAUUUUAUUCCUGACUUUUCAUCUUCCUUUUUUUAAUGUCUUCUGCAGUACAAAACAAUGAUUUAGUAUUUCUUUGCAGUGUGGUUUCUGAAUCUCCAGUGAUGGUAGCGUUAUUAAAAACGCUCUGUAAAUAAUCCAUAGCUGAGUGGUGUUUUUAAGCUUUUCUAUUAUUUCUCGAUUGGCUUUGCAAUCAGACGUCGUAUAUUUUUUUUUUAAAGGCAAAACUUGCAGACGGAAGUAAUCGGAGGAUCCGCCUCCUCCGUCCGUCGUGAGCCUUUUUCGUUUUUUUUAUUCUUUAUUUCUUCAGUUCAUCUCUCCGUCAUCAAACUAACAGGGAUUUGUAAUGUUUUUAUUUUUGUUUGUUCAAUGCCUUGUAAUUUGUAAAAUGUACAGACAAUGCAUCAGUGAAGAACUUGAACUCCCUUUUUGUUGUUUUGUGUGGACGUCAAGAGUAAAAAAAAAACACAGAAACGGACAUCAGAAACCAGCUAUAAUAAAUAUAUAUAUAUAUAUAUAUAUAUAUAUAUAUAUAUAUAUAUAAUACUCGGAGGAAGCGCCCACCAAGCGUAGUUUUUAUUUUAUUUUUUACAAUGACUCAACAAAAACCAGACAGAAUGAUGUAGCAAAACCCUCUUUUGUCCUUUGUUUGUUUUAAGAAAAAAAGAAAAGUGUGAAGAAUAUUUUGUGGCAUUUUAUUUGUAUUAUUUUUCACCGUGUGUUAAACGCUUUUAUCUUUUCUUUUUUCUUUUAUUUGUAGUUUACUGGAAUAUUACAGCACUUUGCCAAAAAAAAGGAAAAAAAAGGUUUAGGAAUUAUAGGGUUAACUUUUUAUUUAUCAACAUAACUGGUCUCCAUCUUUUGUUUUUUUUGGGAUGUAUGACAGAUCAAUUCACUCUGUUUUCAUGUAAAAAAAAACCAACUAAAUAAAUGCUAAUUAUCAGUGAGGUCAUCUGUUCUCGAACUGUUAUAGUUAAUACAUGUGAUCUCUCAUUAGCCUAAUAAUACAAAUAAUAAUAAUAAAUGUUUUCAUACACAG